CAGGUCGGGCCGGUAGCAGCAUGCUAGCAGUGUCUGAUUCAUUUGCCUUUCAAAGAAAAGUGAACUAUUUGGCAGCCGUUCAACUCAGAAUCUUCUUGUCUGGAGAGCUUCACAAGGGGUCCUUUACUGUUGGCAUCUUCAGCAUGGAACAAGCCGGAGAUACGGAGAAUGUAGGUGAGCCAAUGGCAACAGAGGAGCCCGAAGCUGUUUCUGGUGAGCCGAAUGGAUCAGGCACCCAUACUGCUAUGCAGGCAGCUCAAGUCGAGAAACUGGUUGCCGGUGAUGAGGCUGCCGUGCAAAGCCUAGCGUCCGGCAAGAAUGUUGUCGACUUGCAGUCACUACCCACCAGACAAUACUUAGACCAGACUGUAGUACCGAUCCUACUGCAGGCAAUGGCCGAAACAGCCAGGGAGAGGCCGCCAAAUCCAGUGGAAUACCUAGCUGCCUUUCUGCUUAAAAACAAGGACAUGGUCGAACAGUUCUCUUCAGCGACGGAAACAGCUAGCACAGCUACAAAAAGCUUAGCUAGCCCAGCGCCAACACCCAAACCGACGUAGUUCACCAAUCCCCCCCCCCCCCCCCCCCUUUGUACUUAUGCCAUUAGAGUAGGAUCCUUCUUUAGAAUAUUAAUAUGCAUGAAUCUAGGCGAAACAAUGUUUUGCUGUACAGUUUAUAUGCACGGCUGAUACCGAAAAAUCUUCUAUCGCCGAAGCCGCUCCUCUGCAACUCUAUACAUGUACUAGUACCUACACUACGUAGGCGUGUUUGUGUAUAAAAUACAUAGUCUAUGUGUAGUGUACAUUGUUUAUUCUUUACUGAGAUCAAGCAUGUCUUUGUGGACUUGUUUGAAAAUUGAGUAACAUGCAUGCCCAAAACUUCUACAGCUCCGCAAGCAUCAGUUCCAAUGCGGUGGCAGUAUUACCAGGGUCUUGUUUUUUUACUGCUGGCUUGUGUUGCUCCUUUUUUUGGGACAAAGAUGUAAAAACACUAGGUAAACUAUUGUUUUCUACAUAUCGUACUUUCCAAUUUCAGAUGUUACCAGCAGUCUCGUCCACAGAGCGAAACAAUUUGUUUCUAUUUCCAAGGCGCUGUAUACAUUUUUGCUGCUCUUUAAGUUUUUUAUUUUUUACAGCUUACGUUUAUACUUAGCUGUAUUUGGCUGCUGUCCGAAAUGUAGGCAGACUACAUGUACCAGGACUUCUACUCCUUGUUUGAUACAAUUCUUCGUCUGUUUUGAGAAUUUCUAGCUGCGCCUAGUAUAACUGCUAUUAAUCGUACCGAAACAAGUGAACAGGCCGUGCACAGUCGA